GGCGACGCCGUCAGUCAAAGCGGCCGCUCGUCUCGUCACCACACAACCAGCCGCCGCCACAGCCACAAGAAGCGUCGCUCUCGUUCCGACCGCGGCUCUGGCUUCUUUGGCGGCGAGGGCAGCAGCUACCGCAAGAACAAUGGCUCGCGCGGCUCGUUCUUUGGCCUGGGCGGCAACAACAGCCGCUCCAGCCUGUUUGGAAACCGCCGCCCUUCGUACUAUAAGCGCUCUCCCCGCGAGGGCUUCCUGCAGCGCUGCCUCAAGCAGCUCAAGCGCCUCCUCCGCGACCUCCAGCACUACGCCAAGCGCCACCCGUGGAAGGUCUUCUUCCUCGUCAUCGUGCCUCUCGUCACCGGCGGUGCCCUGACGGCGCUGCUCGCGCGCUUCGGCCUCCGCAUCCCGCCGUCCAUCGAGCGCAUGCUGGGCGUGGCCAAACGCGCCGCUACUGGCGAUCCUUUUACCGCCGUCAACGACGCCGUCCGCAUGGCUGGCGAGUACGGCAACGGCAACGGCAGC